UCUCACGCCAUGUUGUCGAUGAAUAAACUACUGUUUGUGCAUACAUUGUUCAUCUGUGUAUUCGCAGGAGACUACACCUGGACAAAUUUAAGAGUUAAAUUUGAACCACCGGAAGUUGGUAAAUAUGGUAUACCUAUGACCGUGGACCAAGCAGAAGAAGAAGGCUAUGUGAAAGCAGCCACCCAUGAGGACUUUAGUAAGAUUGAUAUUUAUUGUCUACACAAUGAUCCAAGAGGAUGUCCAAUGUACGACACAUAUGGUAAACUAUGUGGGUUCAGAGCAGGGUACGUAAUCGGCACACUGAGCGAUAAAUGUGAAAUUGAUUCAUAUUAUCACUACGAAACUAUAGCGAUGUUCAAAAAAGGAUGGAUUUUCGGAGACAUCGACUACUACCAUGUAGAUUGCAUCUUUUCUACCCCAGCAUGUCUUCUGGCUGGAGGCCCUACAACUCGCACAGCACCGUUAGGAGACAGUUUACAUGUUAAACUUGAUGGAAAGACAUGGACAGAGAUUCCCAAAAAGGAGGAAAACAUCCUGAACAUUCCUGGGAUGGUAAAACAAGCUUGUUAUCCACAAAUGGGUCAACACUACUUCUUCAUUGGCAAGAAUACCAAUUGUGCAGACGCGAAACCAUUUUUCGCCUUGUACCAUAAAAGAUGGCUGAUUGGUAUGGGUAUGUUUGGCAUGGGAUCUGUAUCUGAAUACAAGCGGGAUUGGUACGAAAACAUUCCUCCAGGGUUUAUAAAAAUUACGUUCACAACCCCCCCGGAGUGUUUGGCUCCUGCUAUAGAGAAAUGUGGAGGGAUCAGUAUGCACAUGUAUUUCACUGAGAAACCUCAAAAUAUCACUUGUCCGUAAUUAACCAACGAAUAAAACAAAAAGCAUAA